UCAAACGGAUAACUAAACAAAAAGAAAUGCUUCUUCAAUUGUCAGUGUCCCUUAAAUGGAGAAAUCACCACCAUCACCACCACCACAACCAGCCCUCUGCCGCCAUUGUAUGUUCACUCAGCAAGAAAGGCCAGCGUCUCCUCUCCUCCAUCGACUCUGCCGGCGGAGAUUCCACCAUUUCUCAUCGCCUCAUUCGCAAAUUCGUCGCCUCAUCAUCAAAAUCUGUUGCUCUCAACACUCUAUCUCAUCUUCUCUCUUCUGAUAUCCGACAUCACUCUUCUCUCUCCCUACCAAUGUACGAGUGGAUUACUGAAGCUUCUUGGUUCGAAUGGAACCCUAAAUUAAUCUCUACUGUCAUUGCUUCACUUGAGAAUCAAGGACAAUUUGAUGUAUCUGAAAAACUCAUUUCUGAUUCAGUUCAGAAAUUAGCCUCUCAAGAGCGAGAACUUGCGCUGUUUUACUGUAAUUUGAUUAAUUCUUACUCGAAAUACGGUUCUAAGAAAGGGGUUUUUGAUUCUUACAAUUGCUUAAAGAAACUUCUCUCUGGGUCUUCUUCUCUGAAUCGUCAAGCUUAUGAAUCGAUGAUUAAUGGUUUGUGUAUAUUGGAUUUGCCUCAUGAUGCAGAGGAAAUGAUGGAGAAGAUGAGAUUAGAAGGGUUUAAGCCUUCUGAUUUCGAGUUCAGGUCUGUUGUUCUUGCAUAUGGGAGAUUAGGAUUGUUAAAUGAAAUGAGAAGAGUUCUUGAUCAAAUGGAGAAUUCUGGUUAUACUUUAGAUACAAUCAGCUCAAACAUUGUUCUUUCUUCGUACGGGGCUAAUAAGGAAUUAUCUGAAAUGGUUGUAUGGAUAAAGAAAAUGAAGAACUCGAACGUUCCAUUUUCAGUUCGUACUUACAAUUCUGUACUGAAUUCAUGUCCAACUAUCAUGGCAAUGUUGAAAGAACCCGAGUUUUUACCUCUUUCAAUCGAAGAAUUGAUCGAUAAUGUGAAGAGAGUGGAAGGGGAGUUGGUUCAAGAACUAAUAGAUGGUUCAUCAGUACUACUUGAGAAUUUGAAAUGGGAUUCUUUAGAAGGGAAACUGGAUUUACAUGGAAUGCACUUGGGGACUGCCUACGUGAUCUUGUUAGAAUGGAUGGACAAGUUAAAGUCAAGGUUUCACGGUGGAGGAGAAGAUUCAGUAGUGAUUCCGGCAGAGAUUAGGGUUGUUUAUGGGCUAGGUAAACAUAGUAGUGUUAUGGGAAAAUCUCCGGUUAAAGCUUUGGUUUCAGAAAUGAUGGUUAGAUUGAAAAGUCCAAUGAGAAUUGGAAGGAAGAAUGAUAUUGGAAGUUUUGUAGGGAAAGGAAAAGCAGUAAGAGACUGGUUAUGUCCUGUGGUGUCAAAUGAAACUCUUGCAAGACUAUCUGCCACUAGAGCUCUCGAAUAAGACUAGAGAGUGGUGGAAAGGUUCAAACUCUCACAGGCCGGCUUGAAAACAUAGGCAUAUUAUACAUCUCACCACGUUCUGGUUCUGAAGACAUGGCAGAAAUAAUUUUUUUUUUCUUUCUUCCUUUUUAGAUAAUGGUUCCA